AUGUCCUCCGCGGCCGCGUCGGGCGCCCCGCCGACCGCGGCGAUCGGCGCCGACGAUGCGAAUAAUCCGACGACGAAGAACGCCGCGACGGUAGUCGACGUCGACGAGUCCCCGCCGCUGUUCGCGACCGCGUCGAGCUUCCCCGGCGCGGACGACGCGUCCCUGAACGACGAGGAGUGGCUCUCGCGCGCGCUCGCCGCCGCGGCGACGACGACGGCGACGACGACGGCGUCGUCGUCGUCGACGAACGAUCCGCGGCGCGCGUCCGACCCAGCGCCGUCGUCGUCAGAUCCCGCGCCGCGCGCGACCGCCGCCGCGACCGCGCCGUCUUAUCCGCCGCGCGCGCUCGCGACGACGACGUGGCACGGCGACCGCACGCUGCUCAUCGACAACCACGACAGCUACACGUACAACCUCUACCACCUCAUCGCCGCCGCGGACGGCGUCCCGCCGGUGGUCCUGCGAAACGACUCCGUCACCUGGCCGGAGCUCGAGCCGUCGAUAUCGUCGCGGCAUUUCGCGCGCGUCGUGCUGUCCCCGGGCCCGGGGACGCCCGACGUCGCGGGCGACGUCGGCGUGUGCAUGGACCUGCUUCUUCACGCCGCGGAGACGCCGAUACUCGGCGUGUGUCUGGGGCAUCAGGCGCGUUCUGCGCUCGCGGCGGCGCACGGCGGCGCCGUGGUCCGAGCGCCGAAGCCGACGCACGGGAGAGCGCACGCGUUGCGACACGACGGCGACGACAUGUGGCGGGGAAUACCGAGCGGCGGCGGCGGACUCGUCGGCGUGCGGUAUCACUCCUUGGUCGUGGACCCGGGGACGCUGCCGGAGUGUUUGACGGCCACCGCUCCUCCGGUGGUCAUCAUGGGGAUGCGGCACAAGACGCGGCCGCACUACGGCGUGCAGUACCAUCCGGAGAGCGUGUGCUCGACGCACGGCGAUGCGCUGUAUCGAAACUUCGCCGCCGCCGCGGACGCGCAUUGGAAACGCGGCGCGCUGUGGCGUCGCGCGAUCUACAGGUGUCCGCCGCCGCCGCCGCCGUCCGAUGAAAACGGCCCGACCGCGGACCGAGCGUUCAGGACCGGCGCCGCGCCCGCGUUCGCCGGCGGGUCCCUGACCGUGACGGACGCGACCGGCGCGUCGACGACGCGGACGGGCGUGAGCGUCUUGGAGUGGCUCGAGAGCCGGCUGCGAUCGAGGAGAUGCCGACGCGCCGAGGAGGUGACCCUGAACGUGAAACGGUCGCGGGAAGAUGAAACGUCAACCGACGAGCCCGCGAUCGACGACGCCGACUUCAUCGCCGACGGUCGCCUCCCGAACCUCCCGUUCGACUUCAUCGGCGGGUUCGUCGGCUACCUGGGGUACGAGAUCAGGCGCUGCGGCUGUCACCCGCCGUCGCGCGCGUCGCCGACGCCGGACGCCGCGCUCUUUCUCGCCGACCGCGUCGUCGCGAUCGACCACGACACGGACGACGUGUACCUCCUCGCGAUCGUGAGCGACGCCGCGUCGGAGCUCGAGUCGCUCGCGGAGGGCAUGGAGCUUCACGGCGCGGCGAACGCGGCGGCGACGGGGUUGUGUCAGCUCGCCGCGGAGGAAGCGGAGGCGGAGGCGCGCGCGAACCGCGAGGCGUACGUGGCGGACGUCGACGCCGCGAAGGCGCUCAUCGACGCGGGAGAGACGUACGAAGUCUGCCUCACGAACGAGCUCCGACGCGGCGGCGGCGGCGACGGUGACGACCGACCGUGCCCCGACCCCGCGACGCUCUACGCGGUGCUUCGACGGACGAACCCGGCUCCGUACGCGGCGUAUUUGAAUUUCGGCGGAUGCGGCGGCGACGGCGCGCGGGGGUUAGACGACGCCGUCGUCGUGUGCUGCUCCUCGCCCGAGCGCUUCCUGAGGCUCACGAAGAAGCGCGGCGGUCGCGGUGGCGGCGAUGCGAACGACGACGCGACGGUUGACGCGAAACCGAUCAAGGGCACGGCGCCGCGUCGACACCCUCUGAACGGCGAGGACGACGUCAGAGAAGCGCGCGAGCUCGCGUCGAGCGUGAAGGACCGCGCGGAGAACCUCAUGAUCGUGGACUUGCUCCGUAACGAUCUCGGGCGCGUCUGCGUCCCCGGGUCCGUGUCCGUCCCGGGGCUGAUGAAGAUCGAAUCCUACGCCACGGUGCAUCAGGCGCGUCGUAGUAUCACACUGCUCGUGAGCACGGUGGUCGGGACGAGGGACGAGGCGGCGGCGUCGCCGGUCGCGUGCGCGCGCGCGGCGUUCCCGCCCGGGUCCAUGACCGGCGCGCCCAAGCCUCGGACGAUGGAGAUCAUCGACGCGCUGGAGCCGAGCGCGCGCGGCGCGUACAGCGGCUCGAUCGGGUUCUUUUCGGUCAACGACGCGUUCGACCUGAACGUCGUGAUUCGAACCGCGGUUUUGAAGCCGGGCUCGAAACCGGGCUCCGGCGAGGUGUUCAUCGGCGCGGGAGGCGCGAUCACGACGCUGAGCGACUCGAGCGCGGAGUGGGAGGAGGCGAUGCUGAAGAGCAGGGCGAUCGUACGAGCGGUCGAGGCGUGCGACGAGCUCGCGGCGAGAGGCGCCGCGCCGUGA